AUGCCGACGAUGAAAAACUGUGAAACACAUAGCGAAGAAGCUGUAACAACUUCUUUAGGCAGUACAUGUGAAAAUUAUAAAAAAUCGGAGAACUAUACAACAACCAAACUUUAUUUGACGAAUUACAAUGAUCCAUUGGCUGGAAUGAAUGAAGUUUCCAAGAUCGAGAAUACAUCAAGUAAAAUUACACCAUCAAACUACUUCACUGAUGAAAUAAAUGGCUGUCAAUCGUUCUUAUUGAAUACAAACCUUGAACAGAGUGAAAUUAACAAGACCAACUCGAAUAUUGUUUAUCAAAAUGAAACAAUAUAUGAAAAUCUGUUCAAUGAAAUACGGAAAUUCACUAAUAUAAAUGACCGAAAUAAUGAUGUAUCCAACAAUUCAGUAAACUGUAGACAGAUGAAACAAGUGAAUAAUGUUCAGGUACAGUUAUAUGGUCUGGUAGGCUUCUAUAAUCGAUUUCAUAAAACUGAAACAGGCAACAGUGAAAGAAGAUUGGUUCUUAAUACAAAUUAUCCAAGUCAACAAAACGUUACCGAGUUAAAAAGCAGCACAGAUUUUGUAGAGUGUGACUCAUUUAUUGUAUUUGCCUAUUUUGCCAAUAAAAAUAAUAAAUGA